GCUGCAGGCUCCAGGCCGACCCGGAGUCAGGCUUCGCCCUGGACCCAAGAACGGCAGAAACUAAGGAGGCUGAUAACGUGAUAACGUGCGACCGGAGCCAGAGACCAGACUGUGGACGCCGCGGCGGGGAGCUCUUCGUACCUAAGUCGCCUCUAACUCUGACGCAGCGACUUUUAUUUGGCCUAGACAGUGUUUUUAGAAGUUGCCAACACUUAAAACCUGACAGGUUUCGUAUUUUCGAAAUUGUUUAGAGUGCCUCCUGAAAAAGCAGAAGACCUAGCCACACGGAGUUUUUACCGUCAUAGCAUUUUUGCACAAGGCUCCAACCCCUCUUGUUUCAGAAAAGAAAGGAUGAAGAGCCCCCGGCCCAGGUCCCCGGAAAUCUGAGGGGUCUACCUCCUUGGUCAGGACUCAUAACCACUGUUGGCCCUCACAGGCCUGUGGGCGCCCGCUCCCUCCCCGCCAGCCAUGGCCCUGGUCAGCAUCAACGAGCUGCCCGAGAACAUUCUGCUGGAGCUGUUCACGCACGUGCCCGCCCACCACCUACUUCUGCACUGCCGCCUGGUCUGCAGCCUCUGGCGAGACCUCAUUGACCUGGUGACGCUCUGGAAGCGCAAGUGCCUGCGGGAGGGCUUCAUCACCGAGGACUGGGACCAGCCCGUGGCCGACUGGAAGAUCUUCUACUUCCUGUGCAGUCUCCGCCGGAACCUCCUGCGCAAUCCAUGUGCUGAAGAGGAUAUGACAUCCUGGCAAAUUGACUCCAAUGGGGGAGACCACUGGAGGGUGGAGAGCCUCCCUGGAGACCAUGGGACAGAUUUUCCGGACUCCAAAGUCAAGAAGUACUUUGUCACAUCUUUUGAGAUGUGCCUCAAGUCCCAGCUGGUGGACCUCAAGGCCGAGGGCUACUGGGAGGAGCUGCUAGACACAUUCAGGCCGGAAAUCGAGGUUAAGGACUGGUUCGCUGCCAGAGCAGACUGUGGCUGUACCUACCACAUCCGAGUCCAGCUGGUCUCAGACAACUACAUCGUCCUGGCCUCCUUCGAGCCCCCGCCCGUGACCAUCGAUCAGUGGAACAAUGCCAAGUGGACAGAGGUCUCCCACACUUUCUCGGAUUACCCGUCAGGGGUCCGCCACAUCCUCUUCCAGCAUGGGGGCAAGGACACCCAGUUCUGGGCAGGCUGGUACGGGCCCCGCAUCACCAACAGCAGCAUCAUUAUCAGCCCUAAGAUGACCAGGGACCCGGCCCCCUCCACAACUCAGCCUGAGACCAUGCAGGGGCAGGAGAAGGCUGCCCGCCUGCCCUCCUCACUUCGUCUCCACAAGCCCUUCUGACAGUCUGUCAUCUGCUGGCCAUUCACCCGUCCUCUGUCUGGGCCUGUCAACUUCCAAAGGUCCCCUCCAGCUGAGCCUGUAGUGGGCAGUGAGGGCCCUUGCCCCGGGAGCUCCUGCCCCAAUUCCAACUUUGGGCAAACCCACCAGUCUGUGGUAACUCCCUGUCAUAUGCUCUGACAUUUUGUGACAAUAAAUGUUUUCAGUAAAACCA